AUGUUGAGCAUGAACGUGGCUCGCGCCAUUGAGAUAUUCCAUUUCCGCAUAUUGAAAGCAUAUUACAAUUGGGGUGGGAAGAUGUACAUAUGCAAGAGUGGUAGAAAGAACUGCACUUUUAGAUUAUGUGCAGUAGAGGCUGCAACUCUUUGGAGAAUUAGUAAGUUGACAUUGGAUCACACCUGUCAGGCGGAUUUGAAUCGUGCUACUACAGCACGGUCUGUAAGUGGGGAGAUUGCUACAUAUUAUUUUGCAAAAAAAUUAAUCGAUGAGAAGGUGGUUUUGAGGCCAAAUGAGAUGAUUGCUGAGAUGCGUAGUAAAUAUGGCGUUGAAAUGCUAUAUUGCUUCGCAGUCCGAACGAGGCAGCAGGCGAUAGAGAGAACGUAUGGUGACUUCAAUAUGUCAUAUCAAAGGCUCCCAUCGUAUCUUUAUCUAUCAAAGCAACGUAAUCCAGGGACGGUUUAUGAUUUGCAGACAACUCGUGAUGGAGUGUUCUGCCACAUGUUUGUUUCCCUCGGUCAAAGUAUUCGGGCAUUUGAGCAGUAUCUUCGACCAGUGAUUGUAAUAGUCGGGACCCACCUCAAAGGAAGGAACAUAGGAGUGUUAUUUGUUGCUGUGACAAAGGAUGGAAACGAACAAAUUUUUCCACUAGCAAUUGGCCUCAAUCCGAUAGAGAACGAUGAGUCAUGGACUUAUUUUCUCUACAACUUACGUCGGUGUUACAAUCUUCCAGAAGGUUUAUUAAUUGUGAGUGACCAACAUAAGAGCAUUCAGAAUGCAGUUCAAGCCGUAUAUCCAAAUGCAUUCCAUGGAUUGUGUUAUCACCAUAUGUUGAAGAAUCUAACGCCCUAUGGGAAGACAGUGGCCACGGUCUUCUAUGAAGCAGCAUAUUCUCACGAAGUGUUCGAAAAGUUUUUUUCAUUGCUGCACGACGCAAGUCCGGAUGGAGCUCACCGAAGACUUUCUCAAAUUGGACCGGAGAGGUGGGCUAGGUCAAAGUGUCCAGUACAGCGCUAUGGAUUUUUGACCUCUAAUGCAGCAGAAUGUUUGAACUCUCGGUUGUGGUGGGCUAGGCGUUUACCAGUGUGCUCUUUACUUGAAUCAUUUUGCACACUUUUGGAGGAUUGGUUUGACGAGCGACGUACAACGGCUGAAUCCAGAGAUCAUGUGUUGACGGUGUCUACUUUCAACAAGCUAUCUAAUUCUAUGCAAGCAAGUCUCCCUCUUACUGUUGGAGCCACCACCGGACUUGUAUAUAAAGUUGAAGAAGAUAAUCAAUAA